CAAGAACACUCAACAGGAAGAAGUGUUUCCUGGCAGACGCGACCAAGACACAGAGACUGUGUGAAGAAGGCAGGAUGUCGCCUUAGCAGAAGGAGCAUAUUCUCAGGAGAAAGGGUCUCUGCCCACCUCACAAGCAUCAGACCCCCAGGAAGAUCGCCACUUGCAAACCAGCCCAGCCUUCCAGGGAGAGAGCAGGCUUCCGCAUCUCCUUCAUCAUGAACUGGCACAUGAUAAUCUCGGGGCUGAUCGUAGUGGUGCUGAAAAUUGUCGGAACGACCUUGUUUCUGCUUUAUUUCCCACAGAUUUUUGGCCCAAGUCAUGAGAGCUUCAGUCCCACAGGGAGCUACGGAACAGUCCCACAGAUUUUCGGGAGCGAUAAUAUCAGCUUCAGUCCCACAGAGAGUUCUGGAACAGUCUGCCCCAGAAGGUGGGAUUUUCAUCAAGGAAGAUGUUUUUUCUUGUCCACCUUUGAAAUGUCUUGGAACAAAAGCAAGGACUAUUGUGAAACAGAAGAAUCUACUUUGGCCAUUGUCAACACACCCGAGAAGUUGAAGUUUCUCCAGGACAUAACUGCUGCUGAGAAGUAUUUUAUUGGCUUAUUGUACCAGAAUGCAGAGAAAAGGUGGUAUUGGAUCAACAACUCCAUUUUCAAUGGCAAUUCCAGAAAGGUCCUGCUACCAGGUAUAGCCUACGGACCCAAAGACGCCACCGCCUUGCACCGGUUGGCAUCAUACCGACCCCAGACUAGUCCAGCAGACCAAGAAGUAGAACACAGGGAAGGACGCUCAAGGACACGUGGGCCUGGAGGCAAGGAGUAGGCAUGUCGUAGAAAGGGGGCACCGGGGACAAGUGGAAAUCACGUGGGAGGAAACAGUUCAUUUGGCCACACUGGAAGAAAGGCAAGAAAGAGGCCUGUCUCUGUGCCAAGUUGUGGGGUAUCCGGUCUGUUCUCCGUACUCACAAGACGACAUCAGCUACAGACUCUCGUCAGUGCGCAGAAAAAAGAGAUGCCGUGUGUUUUCAGUAACAAGAAUUAAACCAUAGGAGGAACUACAAAACUAAUGGAAAUUAUAGUCAGCUAAGUAAACGGCUUACAUUACAUGUCUAAUUACAAUGGGCCACAAUGAUUGUAUAUAUCAUUAGAUGAAUGUCAAAUGAAAUUGUCAGGUUUUUUAAAAUUACACCGUUUAAGCUCUGUCCCUAUAUUCCUAGGCUUCAUACUUGUUAAUUAGCAUGUUACUUAGUUACAAUUUUUAAAAAUGAGACAAUACAUUAGGUGUUAGAACUUGCCUGAAGGACGGCGCCAGAAAUUAUCCUUGUUUGGGAUGGAGUGGAUGUCAGAAUUAUAUUAGUUGUCUGUGGAGAUACAAGUUCUCCGAUGGGGUUAGCAAAACACAAGUGCCGUAGUUGUGGAGGGAAGAGGCUGAGUGUAUGACAAAGAAAAGAAUACACAGAAUUCUAAGCAAAGGUAAGCCCUGGAAUUCAGGCAACAAAAGGAAACCACAACCCUCCUGUUGACAAGGGAGAGCUGUGGUUGCCACACUUCCUCAUUUAUGACAGAAUAAAUUAGACUUCUGUGCUCAGGAAAUGUAGACAUCUAGUGAUUUCCGUAGUAGACAGACCGCUCAAAUGUUCCAAGAGAAAGAGGUCCUUCUGUGCAAGUUCUAAAAGAUGCCCAGUGAGCUUAGGAGUGGGAGUACAUAGGAAACAUACAGACUUUCCUUCAAACAGGGGAAGGAGGGCUGCUGGGUCCCUAGAAUGGUAGGUAAGUGUGACCUUAUCGGGGAGCAGUGGUGUGGUUUUUUUAAAACGCAAGGGAAAUCUAAUGAAUGAUUGGAUUAGAGUAGUGACUUUGCUUCCAACAUGCUAUGUGAAUCUGUACAGAUUUCUUUGCCUUUCUGUGCCCUUUCUGUGCCUUAAUUCCUUUCUCAUAAAAUGGGGCAGUAAUAUCCCCGCUGAGAAAAUUCUUGUAUAUAUUGAACAAGGUCCUCACUACGCAUCUCUAUGGCAAUAAACAGUAGGGGAAGUACUUUGUGAAAGAUUCGAAAGCAUGACCUUUAUCUAAGAAGUAGCCCUUCAAUUUGCCUUUUCACUCUCUUAAUGGUGUCCUGUGAGGCACACAAGAUUUUCAUUUUGAUAAAGUCAAAUUUAUUUUUCUUUUUGUUACCUGUGCUUGUGGUGUCAUAUCCAUUAAAUCAUUGCCAAAUCCAAUGUCAUGAAGCUUCUCCUCUAUGUAUCCUUUUAAGAACUUUAUAGUUUUAGUUCUUAUGUCUAGAUCUUUAAUCCAUUUUGAGUUAAUUUUUGUAUACGGUGUAAGAUAAAGACCCAAAUUCAUUCUUUCGCAUGUGUCUAUCCAGUUUCUCCAGGUGCUGGGUUUUUAAACACUUAGGGUUGAAAAUAAUGUUCUAUCUAAUUUUUUUCCUUCUUUAAUUAUAAGUAUGUAUCUAGGUUAUGGAAGCAACAGACUCGAACAAUCAAAGCAAAUUACAACAUGUAAUGUUACACUUUUUGAGACGUACUUAAUCUUAUACUUCUGGAUUGAAGUUAGGCCUUGUGGCGGAGUAUUAUUGUUCCCUAAUUCACUGCCCCUCUCAGCAGGAAGAGAACCCUUUCCUAUCCUGGGGACAGGCUUGACCUUGACACUUGCUUUGGCCAAUGAACUCUGACCACAAUGUGCCAUACUCUUUCCCCAGCACCCCAGGUCGAGGCUGCCCCGUUAGCCAGGACUAAAUGAAAACAACAAGGAGCGGAGAGACAACUGACCCAUAGUAGACAAAUAGUGGGAGUGGAAUAAACGUUUGCUGCUGUGACCAGCACAGAUGUUUGAGGUUGUUGGUGAUCAUAACAUAACCUAGCCUAGCCUACCUGACACAAGAAUGAGCAACACGUAGUUCGGAUAAAGAUGCAAUUAGAGCGCACAGUUUAGCAGUGUAGGGUACUCAGCCGAGUGGUUAGAGGAUGAGCGCCAAAGCCAGACUGCUUGGGUUUGAAUCCUGGGACCUUAGCAUACUAACAAUGUGACUUGGGCAAGUCACUGCCUGUCUCUGUGCCACAGCAAUAUUCUCCCUAAGCUCUCAGCUUUUAUGUUGAGCACUAAAAAUAUUUCCCGAAAUAUUUUUAUUUAACAGAAGGCUCCACUUAUCAAACAUCUUUCGUGUAGAGACAUAUAUGUCUGUAAAUAAGCAAGUAUUCCUGUAAAACAGAGGAAAUAGAUUCAAAAAUACAUAAACAAAUAAAACGGUAAGCGGUGGAAUUACUAUAUCCCUAAGACACAAAAGAAAUGCAAUGAUUUUUUAUGGACAAUACAUGUACAUGGUUACACAAAUAAUAAAAAAAAUAUGAAAAGGCAUACAGUGAACAGUCUUGCUCCUUUACCCAUUCUAUCUGCCCGUGCCCCUACCAUAAUCCUAGGGGUAGCCACCUAUUAGUUUCUUAAGAUGCUGCCCACAGCAAAUACAAGCAAAUAUAAAUAUGCAGCAGGUCAUCGAAAACAUUAUUUUGUUCAAUAUCAUUUUGUUACAAUGUUGCCAUAGGAACUUAACUCGUGUUUAUAUCAAUUAGUUUAUGGUCAAAUUGGUUUUAAUUAUACAUCGUUUCCCACAGUUCCAAGAACCUAUUCAUUUCUACUCCUUCCUUACACAAAAGAUCGAAUCCUAAAUUCAAUGUGCUUUGCUUUCCUCACUGAACAAUAGGGCUUGAAGAUCAUUUCUAAUCAUUGAAGAAAGAGCUUCUUUAUUCAUUUUAUGGCUGCAUAUUUCAUUGUACAGAAAAAAAAAUAAUUCAUUUAACCAGUCACCUAAUGAUAUCCCACUCAGCUAUCAAUACUUUGUUAUUACAAAAAUUCUGCAGUGGAUAAAAUUGUGCUUAUGACAUACGCAAUGGAAAAGUGAUUGGGAACAGAGUGGGGCAAAUUAGGGUGAUCGGCAAUGAUGGGAAAUAACCAGAAACAAGGCAUGAAGACAGUUCUGUGCAAAGCUGGAUAAUAGCACGGUAAACUCGGGGUUUGUGAAGGGGGACAGGAAAAGAAAAACUGAGAAA